UAGACUAUUUCUAUUUUUAUUUAUUGUUUUUCUUCUGUAUUUAUUUAUUUAUUUUGUUGCAAAUUUAACAUGAAUAAUUUCCUUGGGUUAUUUGUGGUUUAGUCGUUGUUGAAGUUCUUGUUUUUAAUAGCAAUCUUUGUUAAGGAUAAGUAAAUCCUAAUCCCACUCAACAUACAAAUCGUCGUUAUUCAGCUUUUACAAUAGAAAACGUAAUAAAUUAAAAUAGAUAAAUGUCGGAUUUUAUUUUUUAUUUUGCUAUAUAUACCCUAACUUAGUACGCAAGGAAACCCUAAGAGAAGAAUUCAUGGAUGAGACUCAGAGAGACGAAAAGAUGAAAACUGGAGACGUCGACUGGUCGGAGAUGUGUUCCGAUGCCAUGCAAUUGAUUCUUGAAAGCUUGAGCAUUCCAGACUUUCAUCGAGCAAGCACCGUUUGUUCAAAGUGGUACUCUGUUUCGAAAUCAUGCGUUGCAGGAUCGCAAAAUAGAUAUCCAUGGCUGAUACUUUUCCCGGAAAAAUCUUCCGACUCGAAACCUUCUAAGAAGCUGUUCACAAAGUUGUCUGACACGAAUUCUUGUAGGCUGUGUGAUCCUCGAGACGGAAAGAUUUACAGGACAAGAUAUCUCGGAGACAAAUUAUCCGAGUGGCGUUGCCUUGCAAGUUACGGUAACUGGUUACUAAUGUUGACUCCUCAUAUCGAUUUCUACGUCAUAAACGUGUUUACCGGCGAGAGAAUCAAUCUUCCGUCUCUAUCACUCCGACGUAAAGUGAGUUUCGAAAGAAAAGACGAUGGUGGAUUCUUCCUCGAACGGUUUGAUCGUGAGACGAUCAUCGACUGGUUUAUCGAGACUGCUGUUUUGUGGAUUGAUGAGAAAACGAAAGAUUUUGUGGUUUGUUGGAUUUACAACGAUCAGUACUUGUUCUCAUUCAAGAAAGGAGAUGAUUCUUGGUGGCAUCUUGAAGACACAAAGUGUUUAGCUAUGGCGUACAAGGACCAAAAGCUCUGUGUUUAUACCUCUGAUCAUCACAUCAAGAUUCUUGAUUACUCAGGUGAUAUCCCGGAAGAGAUCAUCAAAGAAAACCCAUAUCUGAAUCAUCAGUUUUACUAUGAUCCGCAACCGUGGGAAUACAUUUGGAAGAGGAUAUUAGCGAUCACGACUUCAGGAGAUGUUCUAAUCAUUCUGAGCUUAAAAAAGACCCUUGAGAAGGAAGAGAAACGUUUGUUCUACAUCUUUAAGAUGAAUCUUCAAGGCGACGAAUGGGAACGAGUAGAUUCUCUGGGCAAUGAGAUGUUGGUUUUUGGUGAUCAUGGAUACACAUUAGCAGUAGCAUCAUCAGCUAAAGAAGAUAAUAGUGGAGGAGUCAUCUAUUUCGUUGCUGAUGAUGUUUGGCCGCCUCAUACCAAUAAACUCCUUGAAAGUAGUACCGGUGCUUUUGAUCUUGCAACAACCGAAAUAAGAUGGUCUCUACAUUAUUUUUACUUUUCCAACAUUCGCUGGUUUGUUCCAGGAUCUGAUAAACAAUGAUCGACCACGGUUCCUUUUUAGUUGUCAGUUUUUUUAAUUUUAAAAUUUUAUUUCAUUACUCUUUGAUGUCUUGCUUUACAUACAUCAAUAACUGCAAUUAAGCAGAGUUUCAAGAAUUUGUAUAUCUUCAAUCUAGUUGAAGUACAACUCUUUUUUUU